UUGUUGGGGUUUAUGUGCGGUAGAGGCUGCGGUUGUGUGACUCACACAUUUUUUUUUUUUAUGGCCAUGCACGUGCUUAUUCACUUUGGUGGUUUUAUCCUAUAUAUCCAGCGUCCGUCCUACCAGGUUAUGGCUACAUGGGUGGGCUUAUUGUUCACUAAUGGUGCAGCCCAUCUCCAAUGUCUUAUUCCUUGGCUGGUGGCAAGGCUGGUAAAGAUUCAGGCAAAUCAAAAAACUCUUCAAUCACCCGCUCUUCAAGAGCAGGACUUCAGUUUCCAGUGGGUCGUAUCCAUCGGCUUAUGAAAAACAGAACAACCAGUCAUGGACGUGUUGGUGGAACAGCUGCUGUGUAUACAGCAGCAAUUCUGGAGUAUCUUACUGCUGAGGUACUUGAGUUGGCAGGAAAUGCUUCAAAAGAUCUCAAAGUGAAGCGUAUCACACCACGUCAUUUGCAGCUUGCCAUAAGGGGUGACGAAGAACUUGAUGCCCUCAUUAAGGCUACUAUUGCUGGCGGUGGUGUCAUUCCUCAUAUUCACAAGUCUUUGAUCGGCAAGAAAGGGCAGCAAAAGACUGUAUAACUAAAAAUCGGACAUGGAUAUAGACUUGACUUCUUUUCUGGAAUAUGCUUGACCUACCAUCGGAGUUACAACCAGGCAUUUGGAGUAACCAGUUUUAAGUUUUGGCUUCAAGGAAGCCAGUUCUGUAUUGCAUCGGCUGGGAUUUUUUUAACUUUUUAAGCUUUGGAUUUUUUUCUAUGGAACUUUAAUUGUUUUGCUGACUCUAAAUAAAUAUUAGAUUCCUGUGUAGAUGUGUUGUAAAGUCUAGUUAGAUGGGUUGACUUACUGUUCUAAAUCACCUGCAACAUUGAUCCUUAGGGAAUCAGUUUUGGCUGUUAGUGAAAAUUGACACGCUUAUCGUAGUGGCACUUGUUCAUUAAAACAUAGCAACUCAGUCUUAUUAGGAAGUUCCUGACUGCAUUUAAAUGCCUAACUGCUGUUCCCAUCUGGGAUAUUGUGGCAUACCCACUCCUAAAUUGCACAAAUGGUUUAGAUCCUGGCUACUAAGAGCAGGCUGUGGAAGGUUUGAUCUUGAGGUGCAGUUUCCAUUUGUGGAUCCACAUCUAGCUGACACUGACAUGUGGUUAUGCUAUAAAAAUGUCUACAUUAAGUGCAUCACAAAGAAUUUAAUAAACAGGAAGUAUUUCACUAUGGUCACUUACUGGAUUCCUAUGUGUAAUAAAACACUUGCAAAAAAGA